UCAGCCAGAAAUCAGGCCUCACUUUCUCCAGAGAAGAAAGUCCAUGGCCCCUCUCCCGGAACAGCGCAAAGGAGACUCCGCCCUCUAGUGGUACCAAGGAGGAGAAGGAAAGAGUGGGCCCUGACAUCCAGUUGUCACCUCCCCUCCAACAACCUUCAGACAACGACCUUAAAAAGCAAAAGCAAAAACGCCCCACCCGACGCCCCGCUGGGCGCCCGGGACCCUAUUCUGCCGGGAGAGAGAAAAAAAAAAAAAAAAAGCAAAAGCAGGAAGACUCAGAGGAAACCCAAUCUGGCAGAAACAAGCAGUCUCGACUGCUUAGUCUUAGCAGAGGGGGCAGGAGGCCUGUUGCCCAAGGUGAAAGAGAAGGUUUUUAAUAACCGAAAGAUUCAAGAAGGGAAGGUAAGACCUCCCCAUUUAGAUGGAAAGCCAGUAGCUUCCCUCCCGGAAGUUCAGGAGACAGAUGUGGAUAAUAAAUGCAAGCCACCCAUUAUGUCUUUUGAGUCAUACCUCAGCUACGACCAAACUGGGGAGAAAAAGAUCAUGAAAAUAUCAGCUACUGCUCUUGAAGAAAAAGGACAUGAAAAACAUGAUUCAAGCGAAAACUUGGACUCCAUUCAGGAACUACCUAAGGCGAGUGAAAACAAAUCAGAGAAGCUGCAGCCAUCUGGAAAUGUUUGGGCCAAGCUGGAAAAGGUCUCCACUGAUGCAUUACCAGUGCAGCCAGACUUCCCAUCACCCGGGGUCCAGGCCAAUUACCAUAUACUUCCUGCCUUUGAAGUGAUGUCCUCCUUCCAACCAAAGCAAAAAGCACUGUCUUUACCCCAGGAAGAAGCUGGAUUUACUGGAUGCAGAAUGAAUUCCAAGACGCAAGUGUUUUCUGGUUCCAGGUGUUCCUACCCCCCAAAAAUGAUGACCUUGCACCAGCAGUGCAUCUGGAUACUUAAAAACAACAUCAAUUCAAUCUCUAAAGUGGGAGGAGUCCCAUAUUCAGUUCUUGAACCCAUUCUGGAGAGCUGUGCACCUGAUCAGCUGUAUCGAAUAAAGAAAUACAACCAUGUCCUAGUCAAAGAGACUGACAAAUUGUGGAAAAUCCACUGUCACCAAAAUUUUAGGAAAGAAACACCGAAAGAGCACGAGUCAUGGAGAGAGAUGUACCUGCGGCUUCAGGAUGCCCAAAAACAGCAGCUUCAAGCACUGACAGUGAAUAUCCAAUCUUUUCAUGCCAAUAAGCCCAAAGGCCAACAAGCAAAGAUGAUCCUUUUCAACUCUGUGGCCAGGCCACUUUCUGACAUUAGAAGGAAACAGAAGAGAUUUGAAAUAGGAAGAACAGCUCUCCUGGAAGAAGUCAAGAUCAAGCCAGCCCAGUACCCAGGAAGCAGCUGUACUCCCUCCAUCAACAGCAACCUUAACCUCAUCCAUGAGAAGUGAGACCAUACCUGCUCAAGCACCACCAGUAUCCACCUGACAAGGGUGGUCAGCGGCAAGAAACCUGCAAAGAAAAUCACCCCGAUGAUGGCCAAGACAACUAAAGAUUUCAAGAAUAGGUUCUCUCGACGAUGAAUUGAGGCCCGGCCAUGGACGUAGAAUUCAGGGGAAGGAAUACAGGGCUGGGGGGGGGGUAGGGAAUGGGACUUCCAAAGGAGACCAGAAUCUUUUGUUUUGCAGAAAUUUUGGACUCUGAUUCCUAUAGCUUUCAAGCAUUGCACCAGUGAAACUACAUGCCACAGCCAUGGCCUCCCUGCCUAGAGAACACUUCAGAAUUCUGAAGAUGAGAAGCCUUAUUCUCACUGAGGAUUUUAAGAAGAAUUAUACUUUUGUUGUUAACUUGCCUUUUUGCAGAAAAUAAGACACAGUAUUAAUUAAUAAAUAUUACCCUCAGAUUGCAUUUAUAUAAAUAA